CCUUGAAUGUACAAGUAUAUAAAUCGAAGCAAGGCCAGUCUGAAUCACCUAAAACCAUUCUCUUCCCUGUUUUUGUUAUAGUUGAAACAGAUAGGGACUACUAACAUGGAGAAACUCAACAUUGUUACAAUAACACUCUUUGCAGCAUUCAUGUUGCUUGUGCCCAAGUCAGAGUGCCAGGUUCAACCUCCGCCAAUGCCAAUUCCGACUCCAACUCCAACUCCAAUGCCAAAUCCAACUCCAUAUUAUCCAAAUUUCCCUCCACUCUGUGCAUCACAAUUUCAACUGGCAAACUAUGCAUGUUCUCGACUCCCCCCCUUCUACCCAGUCCCUCCCCCAACACCAGUUUCUCCUGUUGAACCAUCUCCUAAUCUUCCACCGUACGCAACAUGGUUUCCUAAUGAAGAUGAUGACGAUGAUGGAGGAGAUGAUGGUGAUGAGAACCAUCACAGGAGUAGGCAUGGACAUGGACAUGGACAUAGACAUAGGCACGAGCAUAGGGAGAGCCCUUGGUAUGGCGUCUUCGCUCCCCCCACCCCGCCUGUCAGCCCAACCCCGCCUGUCGGCCCAACUCCGCCUGUUGGCCCAACACCACCUGUCGGCCCAACCCCACCUGUCGGCCCAACCCCGCCUGUAGGCCCAACCCCACCUGUCGGCCCAACCCCACCUGUCGGCCCAUUUCCUCCUGUUGGCCCAACCCCGCCUGUUGGCCCAUUUCCUCCUGUCAACCCUGGCAUGUCACCUCAAGAAGAGAAUUGUUGCCGGUGGGCGCAACAGGUGGACAGCAAAUGUGUUUGUCAAAUUCUAUAUCAAUUGCCUCCCUAUGCAAGCUUCCUCCUGAGGCCUGUGCAUGAAGUCACCCUUGAUAUUGGUGCUGGUGAAGGUUGCAGGGUUACUUAUACUUGUGCGGGGACACUAAGAAGAGCUCAUUGAUUAUCACAUAAAUUUACGUUAUGAUG